AUGGAAAGUUAUUCUAAAGCUUUAAAUAUUCUAAUGAAAUCUCCAGUCACUGAUGAAAUGAUUCAAUAUUUGACCCGUACAACUUUGCAAGUCCUCCCAUACGGUAAUAAUCAAAGUUAUCCAUCUCCUCCAGGUUCUCCUUCUGCAUCAUUAAGCAAGCAGCCACGCUUACCAUCUCUAAGAACUUUCAUUACAAGACUGGUAAGAUAUACAAAUGUUUACACGCCAACACUGCUGACUACCGUCUGUUAUUUAAACAAAUUGAAGCGUAUACUACCAAAGGAUGCUAAGGGUUUACCUUCAACUAUCCACAGAUUAUUUUUAGCAUGCUUAAUAAUCAGUGCUAAGUUCCAUAAUGACUCUUCCCCAUUAAACAAGCAUUGGACAAGAUAUACCGAUGGCUUAUUUUCUUUGGAAGAUAUCAACCUUAUGGAAAGACAAUUAUUACAACUAUUGAACUGGAAUUUAAGGGUGACAAACGAAGAUUUAAUAUUAGACUUACAAGUGUUAUUGGAGCCAAUUAGAGAACAUAUUGAAAUCACCAAGAUUCAAAAGAAGAAGUUACAACAAUACAAAAAGCAAGCAAGACAAAUUAAAUACAACAAAUGCUACGAUCAUCAAAGAAGUGUAUCAACAUUGUCUAAUUUGAGUUCCACAAGUACAUUAGUAAAUAAUAGCUAUAAUAGCUUGAGCGAAAUGAAGUCUGCCAUGAAUGGGCCUAGCCUUCAUUCACAUCCUAUAGAUAUAUGGCAUGAUUCGAAUAUAUCAAGCUACGGUUGGAAUUUGGAACAGGUUGCGAUAUAG